AUGUUCCUGCUCAACGCUUGGUUUCUCAUACCCCAAAUAAUCCGGGACGGUACAGCCAUAAUCACGUUUAAGGUACCAUUAGCAUGCUUAUUCAAUGUCCCCAGCGCCUUCCUUCGUUGCCCCAAGUCCAAUGGUGACCCUAGCUCUUGCAAAUUCUUUGCUUGGGAAGACACUCUGGUCUCACCCGACUCUCAGCCAACUUCAUCGACCCCUCUGAAACGUUCGACCUCAGACCCGAAUACGCCUUGCCAAGAAAAGCGCCCGCGUUUGGAUGAUGGACCAACACAGUCUACUCAAACUAGUACCCAAAGCUCUUCCCAAAGCACCGCUGAUCCAUUCUCGUCUUCCCAGCCUCUGUCUCAGCCUGAGGCGGAGUACACCCUUAAUCCCGUCCGCAUGUUGAAGGGCGAAGAGGAAGAGUCUGGAUUGCCUACGCCUCCCAGUACAUCACGGGCCCCAAAACCAUUUGCAUGUAAUUUUUCUCGAGGCCAUUUGCUGCCACUUGACCAUUUUCCAGCACAAUGGCUCUCCUUCUCAGACGGGUACCUACACUCCUCUCAAAUUCGCACUCUUGAAAGGCAAAAAACAGCCGCCGAGAAGGAGCGAGACGCCAGAUCAAGAAAGAUCGAGUACUUGGAGUCUGAGAACAAACGGUACGCUUUUGAUUCCGAUGUAUGGUCCGUAGCGCGUGGUCUCAGGUCCAGGUUUAGGUUGAAUGAAAGUUUCCAAAGUGUUCAGAAUGACGUUGCAGACCACAAAACCACCGUUAGGGCUCUCAACGCUGCGCUACUCCAAUACUCUCAAGAUUCGAGGUCACCUGGUGGCCGCGACGCCCGAUGACUUUUCUGGCAUAUCGACUACCAGCUUUCGUUGUAAUUGUGCCAAUUUUUUUCUCGCUCUGACCUUGUAAGAUAGUACCAGUGAAAGCGGAUAAUUUUUGAACAACUAAACGGUCAGAUUAUUGUGGCCCAUAGAUGUUUGCGAGUGCCUACUGAUCCACCUGCAUGCAAUCCUUCUGCUUGCGCUACAAUUGCGCCGAUAUUGCCACAUGGUUAUUCCAUGCAAUGCGCAGAGGACGGAGCAACUAUAUCGCUGAAUGACCCAUCCAUAAUUUCUCCAGUCCCCACGAGCAGGCGAGGGCUACCGUGGACUACUGAACAUUGAUCCUUCAAAGGGUAGGUACCCGGUAGCCGAAGGCCGUAGGAAAAGGAAAAGAGCAACUUAAAUAGACAUGAAGGUGUCGAAACAAUAUCCACAAG